GAAACUCGGCUACGUAUGAUUCCAGGGUUUUCCCUUGUUAACAGUCACAUUUAGAGUCUUAGCGCCUGCCGCUCCAUGCUCGCGCGCACCGCGCAGCUGUUUAUUGUUUACCUAUUCCCGCCAGCCACCAGCUGCCCUGCGAUAGUUACUCUGACCUCUGAUUUGGAAAUGGUUUCUUCGUAGUCCAGGAUAUCAAUGAGAUACGAGAGUGGCUGACAACGCUGUGUUCACUAUCACUCUUCUUCCUCCUGGUGUAUCAAGAGACCAAUAAUUGAAGACAGUCAUAAGGAGACACUAAUAAGGUGUCUGUGGUCGUACAUCACUUACAUUCUCGGGCUCAUCUCAACUUGUUCAAAACUUCUUUCAUUGAUUGCAAAUCUUUGGAUUAAAUUGUCAUAGUAAUGUGAAACUGACAUGUUACCUAGCUGGAGAUUUAGUUAAAUUUUGUUUAGUUAAUACAUAAUUAUUCAUUUGCUGAAUCGUGGAGAGCAAGAGAUUUUUGUCUACAGUCCUUUUGCUGUAACUUAAUUUAACAUUUGUUUUAAGGAAGUACCGUAUUUAUUGAAUGAAUCCUAUAUGUUGAAUGGUUGAGCUUUGAGUGGAGACUUGUAUAAUUCUGGGCGGUCAGAUUUUUUUCCAUUGUUACCAUUAUUGAUUGUGAUCUGGAAAAAUGACUUCAGUUGAAAUGAAAGAUUUCCCUCCGCUUCUACCUGAUUUGAAGCAGCUCAUUGAGAGCUAUUUACUCCACCCUGAAGACUUGCCAAUCCACAGCCUACAGGAGACCAGGAAAUAUGUUCCUCGCGUGCCUAACUAUCACAGAUUAUUUGAACCAAAGAUGAGCUCACUGGCAUCCACCUUGCAAGUGACCAGGGAUCUGGCAACUGGUGACAUUACAGGCUUGGAGGAAGUCUUCAACCGUGACACAGGCCUCACAAAUAAGAACUCUUUAUCCCUGCAACGAGCCCCUGGGCCGCCUGAAGAAAGUGUGCGAGGAACGUCAACAAACUUGCCUUUUUGGCCUGGUGGUUUUGACCCCACCACCAUGGAGGAGGAACUUGAUCAGGAAGCUGUACUGGACUUCUCAACCUUACUCACACGCCACCCAAAACUCUCUGGUGGCAUUGAUUUCAGCUCGAAAGAACAAAAGGAAAAGGGGGAUAUAUAUGAAGUUGGAAGCAAAGAUGCGGAAGAGCUCAGCAUUGCUGAUAUGUUGUUGGUGGAAGACGACAUGCUGGACGUGUUUUCUGUGUCGCACAGUAAGACGGAUGAUGCUGGGAAACCUGCGCUGGUCUUUGGUGAAGCUAAGGCAGAAGAAGAAUUAAUCAAUUCUCUACCUGAUGAACCAACUUCAUCUUCUACUACUCUGAUUAAUGAUGACAAGAAUGUUAUAAAAAUUAGUGCUGGAGCUGAAAAGGGCAUUCUGAUCGCUUCAAACACCGAGUGGGUUGAGGUGCUAGACGCAAAUGCCCCGGUGGACGACUUCAAGGUGAAGGUUCCAGACCCAGCCUGCAGCUACCCCUUCGAGCUGGACACAUUCCAGAAGCAGGCAAUCGUGCACCUGGAACAACAAGACUGCGUCUUCGUCGCGGCUCACACGUCCGCCGGUAAGACGGUCGUUGCCGAGUACUCUAUUGCUCUGGCUCUCAAGCACAUGACCCGCGCCAUUUACACGUCACCUAUCAAAGCCUUAUCCAACCAGAAGUACAGGGACCUCAAAGCAAAGUUUAAUGACGUUGGUCUUCUGACUGGGGAUAUUCAGAUCAACCCUAAAGCGGCGUGCCUUAUCAUGACGACGGAAAUUCUCCAGUCGAUGUUAUACAACGGAAGUGACGUCAUCCGGGACCUUGAGUGGGUGAUCUUCGAUGAGGUGCACUACAUCAACAACGUGGAGCGCGGCCAUGUAUGGGAAGAGGUGCUCAUCAUGCUGCCUGCUCACGUCAACAUUGUGCUGCUCUCGGCAACGGUACCAAACACUACCGAGUUUGCAGACUGGAUCGGCCGGAUAAAGAAACGAAAAAUAUAUGUAAUCAGUACCACAAAACGACCUGUUCCUCUCGAGCAUUUCCUCUAUACGGGAUCUGGCGGGAAAACCAAAGAUGAUCGGUAUUUGAUCGUCAGUUCUAACGGAACUUUCGUGAAAGCAGGCUACGCUGAUGCUGUAGCUUCUAAAAAAGACCGAGAGAAGAAGUCAGCGCAGCCUUAUGGGGCCAAGCAAGGGGGCAAGCAGCACAUGGGGGACAAGCAAGAGAAGCACAUGUGGAUUGGCCUCAUAGACCAUCUGAGUAAGAGAGAGCUGCUCCCCGUGGUGGCCUUCACUCUUUCGAAGAAAAGAUGCGACUCGAACGCCACUAAUUUAGUCAGUCAAGAUCUAACCACCAAGGCUGAGAAAGGACAAAUCGAAAGCUUCAUCAGAAAAUGUCUUGAUCGUUUGCAAGGAAGUGACAAGAUCCUGCCUCAAGUGGUACAUCUUCGUCAGCUCCUGAGGAACGGCAUCGGCGUGCAUCAUAGCGGCAUCCUACCGAUGCUCAAGGAAGUGGUCGAAAUGUUGUUCGCCAAAGGCUUGGUGAAAGUCUUAUUCGCCACCGAGACGUUUGCCAUGGGCGUGAACAUGCCAGCGCGGUCUGUGGUCUUCGACUCCAUUCGUAAACACGACGGCCAACGACUGCGAGAUCUGCUGCCCAGUGAGUACAUUCAGAUGGCAGGGCGUGCGGGCAGACGCGGCCUCGACGACACGGGCACCGUCAUCAUCCUCUGCAAGAAUGACGUGCCUGAGAUGGCUGACCUUCACCACAUGAUGUUAGGCAAGCCUUCUAAACUCGAAUCUCAGUUCAAACUAACAUACUCGAUGAUUCUGAACCUGCUUCGGGUCGAGGCGCUCAGAGUUGAGGACAUGAUGAAGCGUUCCUUUUCAGAGUGCAUCCAGCUCAUGAAUCACUCUAAAUACUCCAGUGCUCUCGAUAAGCUCACGAAAGACGUGUCGGGUCAGGAGGAGCUGAGCUGCGUCAUGUGCAAAGACAUUAGGGAUUACUACGCCCUCUCGCGGGACGUGGUGACGCAGCGGCAGUCCGUCAUGACCAUGAUCGCCGGCCACGCCUCCGUGGGUCGUCUUCUGCAGCCUGGUCGCGUGGUGGUCGUUAGCUACCAGCAGUACCAGAACUUCCUGGCUUGUAUCGUCAAGUUGGAUCCACGCGAGAAGGAGAAGUUGAGUUUGUUCCUCUUGACCGAUCCUGAGACAGCGAACGCGCUGCCCUCGGCGGACGAGUUGCUGAUGGCCGAGUGUGAUGGAGCACGCGAGUCCAUCCACUACUCGGGGGGCACCACUGCCCACGAAGUCAUCAACAUCAGCCCCAAGAACAUUGUUGCCAUAACCAACAAGCUCCUGAAAAUCAGUGGCGACAAGGUCGUGGAUAAUGUGAAUAAGCGAAAAAUUCCUCGCUUCAGAGAUGAUCCUCCGGGCCAAUCUGUGCUGGACUUGGUGAGCGAAUUGCAGCGCCUGCAUCAGACGGCGGGGUCUGAGCUGUCGCUCCUCUCCCUCAGCCAGGACCUUGGCGUCAAGGAUAUGGACUCCGUCACUGAGAUAGAAAAACUCGAGAUGUUGAAAGCGAGGCUCCGAAGUCAAGCUUGUCUCGAGUGCCCCCAGUUCAAGGAGCACUUCACUCAAGCUUUCACCUACCUAAAGGCAAGGGAGGAAAUAACGCGCCUCAAGUUCCUGAUGUCAGAGGAGUCGCUACAGCUCCACCCAGAAUACCAAAUGAGAAUCGAUGUCCUGAAGGAGCUCGGCUACAUCGAUGACAAUAAAACUGUCACUCUCAAGGGUAAGGUUGCUUGUGAAAUAGGUAAUCACGAGCUUAUGGUUACUGAACUGCUUCUCGAGAACAUCUUCGCCGAUAAGCCCAUAGAAGUGAUAGCAGCUCUGCUCUCGAGCUUGGUCUUCCAGCAGAAAUUCUGCAGCGAACCUGAGCUAAAAGCCGACAUCGCGGAAGGCAUCGCGGAAUUCAAGCGAGUCGCCACCCGAAUUGGCCAGAAGCAACGGGACUGUGGGCUGGCGGAGCCCGUUGGUGACUUUGUUGACCAGUUCAAUUUCGGCCUCGUGGAGGUCGUGUACGAGUGGGCGCACGGCAUGCCGUUCAACAAGAUCAUGGAGUUGACUGACGUGCAGGAAGGUGUGACCGUCAAGUGCAUCCAGAGGCUUGACGAGACGCUCAGAGAUGUCAGAAAUGCGGCCAAGAUCGUCGGCGAUACGAAGCUCGUCGAGAAGAUGGAACAAGCUUCAGCCUCCAUCAAGCGGGACAUCGUCUUUGCCGCUAGCUUGUACACGCAGUGACGGAGAGGUUGUUCUUUCAUGGAUCUUGUAAAGGAAAUUCGGAUGUGAUAUUUUAGGGCGUCUAUUUCUCGGGUAUGAUUUUUCGAACUUAGUUUUGAUAAAGUUCUUCGCGAGCUACUGUUCUAUCUAUUGUACACGGUUCUUUGUUGGGACAUAUCGAAGGAGAAACUGUUUUGUUAUACGUUUAUAAAUCGAUUCGCUUCGCCAGCUUUUGAAUUUUGUUAAUUUCUUAUGUGUGUUUAGUUACUGUGAAGAAUGCAAGGGAUAUUUCAAAAGAUACAGCGACAUAGCGUGGCACCAGUAAAGCGCAAAGUACCUUAUUGGUGGUCAAGUUUUAUAAACCAUACAUAGCAUAGUUUAUAUUGCUUAGUUUUUGUCGUGUGUUCUGCUCCUUUACACGCACAGCGGUGCGUGUGCAUGUAGAGAUACCAUGCAAUAUCAACGAUAUGAUAAACAUGUGUUAGGCCAGGUGUUCACUUGAAUGUUCUGGUGAAGUUCUUGAUGCUGAAUAAAAGUUCUCACCAUCUUU